AUCACUUGGAAGUGCACAAGGCCCAGCUUGCUCUACAUUUACAUACUCACAAAGUCUUUGAGUGCUACUCACACUAACCUAUCCCAAGCUAAUCUUUUAAAUAACCUUUCUCUCUUCUAUCCUACUAUGAUCACAUUUCUUGAUGUCCUCAUCUCCAGCUCGGUUUCAGGUGAUCAAAGGAGCUUUUUGUGGGGCCCUUUCCCCUGCAGUGACCGUGGCCCAGGUCAAUGGCUGUGGCAGAGGGAGGGCUUGUCAGCACUGGUGGGCUCCUCUGGGGUCUUACAUCUGACAGCAGCCUUGGGCAAGGGACAUUUUGUUUCCAAAGAGUGCAGAAAUGAUUGAAAAAGGGAUUCAGCACAGGUGUGGCCCAUGGGAAUGCAUUCUUUUUAGACCUGCUUCAAACUGUGCUAGCAGCUGUCAGAGAAGACAUUUUGAUGUUCAGAUGUAACCAUCUAGAUUAAUCUAAAUAAACUAAAUACAUUCAUGCUGCAUCCAUCUCAAAUGAGUGGCUCCCUGCUCAUACAGGAUAAAUAUAUCUGCAAUGGUACCAGAUAAAAACAGGGCAGGUUGUUUGUGGUGAUCAGACAUGGCCUUCUUCUCCUGUGCCCAGCCUUGCCACUACUGCUGGGGCAACGUGGGAGUGGGAAGAGCUUUUUUCCUCUUAAACCCAUGUCUCCACCCAACUAAUUGAAUUGCAGCUGCCAUUCAACCACCCCUGGGUUGCCCCCUUGCCCUCCUGGGCACGGUGCUGUGAAAUUCACCUAGGGUUUGUCCAUCAGCUGGGAGAUAGAGCACCCCAGUGCUCUGCCUAGGUGCAAGGGAAAAGAUGGUGGUGUCCUGAUCCCUAGAGAACAACAUUUCCUUACACUGUUUUUAUCUGCUCUGGCAGGGGAGAGGUAGGAGCAUGAUAACACUUAGGGGUGUGACAGAGCCAGGAUUAGCUAAGGGGCACAUAAAAAAGGGCUCCAUCCACAAAGGGAGGCCAGAGGGGUGGUCUUAUCUCUGGACCUGCAGGAUGACUUUCACUGGGUGUCUGGCACACUGUAACUUGAGGUAUGAAGAUAUGGGUGCUCAUAUCCAAAAACAGAUUUUAUGUCAAGGGUAAGGGAAGGGAAGAUGUGCCCACCCUGUCAGAAGCAGAGCUAAAUCUCCCUGGAAUUUGUCCUGCCACCCACAAGAAAGAUGUGACCCUGGUCUUUUUGAGAGUCUUCUUCACUGAAGACAAAAUCAUGACAGAAACAAGUUCCAAUGGAGGAACGUAGCCUGCAGGCAGCACUGCUCCCUUGGAGGGGUAGGGUACAGCAGGUUCAGAUCCUGUGGGUAAGAAAAGCUCAGAAGCAGGCAGUGAACUCUGACUUUGGCUGAGGUCUCUCUGGCACUCCCAGACUUGUGUGCAGAGGAGACAGCACUUGGAUUGGACCAUGAUUUGGGAGAAGAACCCGUUGGUUCACUGGGGACACAGACAAUACAGAGAGAGUCCCAGUGAGUAAGAGAGAGUGCGGGUGAAGGACAGUCUCAGACACUGAGCAGGUCAGUCCAGGCUGCAGAUGUAAGUGGAGCUCAGGCUGAUUGAUUGCCUCUCCACAAAGGAACCUCUGCCCAGGGCUGAGCAGCUUGCAGACACCUUCAAACAGAGCAGGACUGCACUUUGAAGUGACCCAGGGGAGGAGGGCUGUCUCGGGCUCUUGCGCACAUCCUACACGGGCAGCAUCCCUUGAUGUGCCUGCCACGGCCACCAUAAAUGUCCCUGCGCCCAACACACAGCAGCCAGCUUGUGUCCCUGCUCCUGGCAGCUCUGAGCUCACCACACACUGCACCUCAGUCCCUCCAAUUCCCCUGGCCAUUGCUCCCACACCCUCGGGCACUUUCCACUCAACAUCUGGCUACUGCCAUCCACUCCCCUAUCUCCCAAUGAAGACUGAUUUGGUGGGGAUAUCAGGCCCAAAAGAAGAGGCCAACAAGGAGAAAGAGAUGUGUGGCAUAGAGUCAUUGAACAGCCAAGGCAGCCUGGACUCCAACAGGGAGGAUGACAGAGCUUCUCUCACCCUGACACUCACCCUCUACAGUGUGAGGAAGAUUGAGCUCUCUAAGGCAGCUGAAGUCUUUGAGAUGUUUGAAACUCAGAUCCAUCACUUUGAAACCCGUCGAGCCAAAAAGCCCAAGAACUCUAUGGAUGAUCUUGACAUUUUUGUUGAAUGUGAAGUUCAGAGUGCUGAUGUUGGUACCCUUACUACCUCCUUAAAGAGAGUAGCAAAGGAUGUGAAAACCAGCAGAGAAGACAAAGUACCCUGGUUCCCCAGGAAAAUCCAAGAUCUGGACAAAUGUCACCAUCUGAUCACUAAAUAUGAUCCCAAUUUGGACCAUGGUCACCCUGGAUACUCUGACCUGGACUAUAACAAGCGGAGGGCAUUCUUUGCUGGCCUGGCCUCUAACUACAGAGCAGGAGACCCUUUGCCUCACAUUGAGUACACAGCACAGGAAACAGCAACUUGGAGAGAAGUCUACAGGAAGCUGAGGAGCCUUUACCCUACUCAUGCCUGUACACAGUUCCUGGAGGCUUUCCAGCAGCUGGAGAAGCACUGUGGCUACCGAGAGGAUAACAUCCCUCAGCUUCUGGAUGUCUCCAGGUUCUUGAAAGAGAGAACAGGUUUCCAGCUGAGACCAGCUGCAGGACAGCUGUCUGCUCGGGACUUCCUUGGCAGCCUGGCACUCCGUGCCUUCCCGUGCACACAGUACAUGAGGCACUUCUCUUCUCCUAUGCAUUCCCCAGAACCAGACUGCUGCCAUGAGUUGUUGGGUCAUGUUCCCAUGCUGGCUGACAAGGAGUUUGCCCAAUUCUCACAGGAUAUUGGACUGGCUUCUCUUGGAUCAUCUGAAGAGGAGAUUGAGAAACUGGCCACACUUUACUGGUUCACUGUGGAGUUUGGCCUCUGCAAGCAAAAUGGAUUGAUCAAGGCUUAUGGGGCAGGACUGCUUUCAUCUUAUGGGGAGCUGAUGUAUGCCUUGUCAAACAAGCCAGAGCACAAGCCUUUUGAUCCAGAAGUGACUGCAGUUCAACCCUAUCAGGAUCAAACCUUCCAGCCUGUCUAUUUCAUAGCAGAAAAUCUGGAAGAUGCCAAGGUCAAGCUUCAGAACUACACAAUGAAGAUCAAGAAGCCUUUUGCUCUGCACUAUGACCCCUUCACCAGCAGCAUAGAGGUUUUGAACCCAUCACAGGAAGUCAAGAGGGCACUCCACCAGAUGAAAGAGGAACUGAAAAACUUCUGCUUGGCCCUUGAAAACCUCUCUUAAAAUCACAGCAGUACAUCUCACCUGUCACUGAGAUACUUGUAGGUGGUGCUAGUGCUUGAAGGCUUAGUGAUGAAGCUGUACUCGCAGGCAGAAAUCCUAAAUGCACAAACCAGCUCAGUUCAGGUAAUCUUCUCACUGUAAUUUAGGCUGCUGACUUAGAUGAAAUAAUGAGCUUCUGCUUAGAAUGUUUCAAUGACAAGCAAGACUUACUCCAAUUUUUGGUAGGUGGUAUGAGAUACAUCUCUUUAUGUUAUGAAACUCUUACAGGUUUUUUUACCUCCCCUUUCCACCUUUUCAAGUUAUCUGUCACAAAAUAGCAUGGUUACUUCUCAUCCACACAGCUUUGUGCUUGCUGCCUCGAUGGCACAAUCACAACCUCUUAGGCUGGCUGGCUGCCUACAGUUAGCAGUCCUUGCAGCUGACUCCUUGCUGCUAGCAAUUAGCAUCAGAUACUGCCCAAAAACUAUGAAUGGACCCUUAAAAACAGGCAAAUGCAACAGUUUGUUAGAGGAGCACUUCUGCUCACUAUUUAUUUUUAAUACUCAUUCAGUAGCCUUGGAAUACGACAAAAAGAUUUCUUGUCACAUUUAAGAUCACAGAAUAUUUGAGCCUUCAUUAAAGAUAACACAGAAAAUAAAAAGUCCAAGGUGCUCUGGCUCUGUCACAUACAAGGAUGCUUAAUUUGAAUGGGAAAUUAAACUUCCAGGAAGGAAAUUCCUGUGUCAGGAAAUAUUUG